AUGGGAGAAUUUUUAGUCGCCAAAGCUCAUAUGGUUUUUUUAUCGCAUUAUUGGACAGCUUCAAAAACAGCAGCAAGUAGGAAACCAAUUUCAUCAAUUUUCUUUCUUUCUUUAGUCAAUCAGCUUUCUUUUCUUGUUUCUUUUUUUCUCAAUAUGUCUUUGUUUCUUUUCUUUUUUCAGCUCAUCAACAUCAUUUUCUUUGUUUCCUCUUUUUUCUCAGCUCAUCGAUUUUCUAUCUGUCUUUUUCUUUUUUUUAUUUUCUCAGUUUUAUUUGUUUUUCUUUUCACUAUUUUUUUUUAUAAUUCGCCAGUGUUCCGUCUUUAUCUUUUUUCUUCAAUUAUUUUGUUUUCUCUCGUAGAUUAUUUGUCUUUCAAAUCGUUUGUUUUCAUUCUUAACUCUCACUCUCUCUCUCUCUCUCUCUCUCUCUCUCUCUCUCUCUCUCUCUCUCUCUCUCUCUCCUAG